AUCCCUUAGUUAACGGAGAGAAGUAAAAAUAGAGAAGUUUUCGGUGGUUUUAACAAUUCAUGCUAAAUUUUCCUUGCGUCUAUUACUCCAUGUAUUUAGUAUAAACUCAAACUAAUCACCGAAAACAACUGCUAAAAUAACAAAUACUCAAUACUGGCAACUUUGCCUUUCUUGAUUUUACUCUGUUUCUUCCACAAUGGGAUUGAUCAAGAUUCAAUCUUUUUCAUUCCUGUUCACAAUCUUGAUUCUUUCACCAUCAUCAUCAUUGUCUCACCAUCAUCGUCGUCAUCAUCAUCGUCGUCGAAAUUCACAGCUUAUUCCAAGUAUAUUUCAUCCACCUUUUUUACCAUCAAAUAUAAAUGGUGAAUGGGUACUUUUACAUGCUUCAAUUGGUGUCUCUGCAAUGCAUAUGCAGCUUCUUUAUAACAACAAAGUAAUCAUAUUCGAUAGAACAGAUUUCGGAGCUUCUAAUCUUUCACUUCCACAAGGCAAAUGUCGUUACGAUGAUGAAGUUCUUGAUGUUGAUUGCUCUGCUCAUUCUAUUCUUUACGACAUUUCAUCGAACACUUACCGUCCACUUAUGAUUCAAACUGAUGUUUGGUGUUCUUCUGGUGCUCUUAAUUCUGAUGGUACCCUUAUACAAACAGGUGGAUACCAUGCCGGAGAUCACAAAAUACGACUGUUUUCGCCGUGUGAAGGUGAAUGUGAUUGGACUGAAUUACCGCAGAAUUUAACGGUUCAGAGAUGGUAUGCUUCUGAUCAUAUACUUCCUGAUGGACGUGUAAUCAUUGUUGGAGGAAGAAAAGCUUUUAGCUAUGAAUUUUUCCCCAAAACUUUGAACGAUAAUGGUGGGGUUUUUGAUCUUCCGUUCUUGGUGGAAACUACAGACCCAAUGGAAGAAAACAAUCUUUAUCCAUUCAUAUACAUUUUACCCGACGGGAAUCUUUAUAUUUUCUCAAAUCAACGCUCAAUUGUAUUAGAUUACGUGAAUCACAGAGUCGUCAAGGAAUUCCCCAUGAUUCCCGGCGAGAAAAGGAGUUAUCCGGCAACUGGGUCUUCCGUAAUGCUUCCGUUACGUCUACAUCCAGCUCAAGAACCGGUCGUGGAGGUGAUGAUUUGCGGCGGCGCGUGGGGUGGCGCGUAUGUCAAAGCACUAGAGGGGGAGUUCUGGCGAGCUUCAAGUUCAUGUGGUCGAAUGAGGCUGACGGAUCCGGAUCCUAAAUGGGUCAUGGAGGAAAUGCCUUCGGGUCGGGUCAUGCCCGAUAUGUUGUUGUUACCCACAGGAGAUGUAAUUAUACUGAACGGGGCGGCAAACGGAGCGGCCGGGUGGGAGAAUGCGAUUGACCCGAUAUUAAACCCGGUUCUUUACAGACCCGAUGAACCCGACCCGGUGAAAAGAUUCACUGUGCUCACCCCCAGUACAAUUCCAAGAAUGUACCACUCAUCAGCUACUCUACUGCCAGAUGGCAGGAUAUUAGUGGGUGGGAGUAAUCCGCAUGCAACGUACAACUUUACAGGCGUAAGGUACCCUACAGAAUUAAGCUUAGAGGCGUUUUCUCCACCUUAUUUGGCUACAGAAUACGCACAUCUGCGUCCUUUAAUCCAAGCCGUUGAGGCGGGGCAAGUCUUAUCGUACGGUCAACAAUUCUCCAUCACGUUCACUCUACCGUUUUCACAGGCUGAUGCAGAGUUCAUAGUAAGCAUGAUUGCACCCUCAUUUACUACCCACUCAUUUGGGAUGAAUCAAAGGCUGUUGGUUUUGCACAUUUUGGGAAUAGAAAGGCUUUAUAUGUUUAGCUAUAAAGUUACAGUGUUAGCACCUCCAACAAGGAAUAUUGCACCUCCAGGAUAUUAUAUGGUGUUUGUAGUUCAUCAAGGUGUUCCUGGGCAUUGUGUUUGGGUGAAAAUACAGUGACACUGUAGCAAUUUUGCUCAAUUGUUUUUGAAUUUAGAUCAUAUGUGAAUUUUUUGGCUAGGUGCAUCAUAAUUUUUGAUAGGCAGUUGAAAUAAAAAAAAAAAUUGAGCAGUUGAGAAUAUAUAUCACCAUGUUUUACAAUCAAGAAGAAGUGAUUGUGUAGAGUGGCAGUCAAUUAUAUUGUUUAUUCUUUGGGCUAAA